ACUUGCCACAGACAGAAAGCAUAACACACUCUUGACAGGGGGAGUCUCUGCCUGACCCAGGGCGGCUCGGAGCACAGGCAGAAGGUGACCGGCCAGCUGAGGGCAGGAGAUGCAGAGCACGGUCAAUUACCUGUGGCACACGGACGACCUGCUGGGGCAGGGGGCCACUGCCAGUGUGUACAAGGCCCGAAACAAGAAAUCUGGGGAGCUGGUUGCUGUGAAGGUCUUCAACGCUGCCAGCUACCUGCGACCCCUCGAGGUGCAGGUGAGGGAGUUUGAGGUCCUGCGGAAGCUGAAUCACCAGAACAUCGUCAAGCUCUUUGCAGUGGAGGAGACGGGGGCCAGCCGGCAGAAGGUGCUGGUGAUGGAAUACUGCUCCAGUGGGAGCCUGCUGAGCGUGCUUGAGAGCCCUGAGAAUGCCUUCGGGCUGCCUGAGGAUGAGUUCCUGGUGGUGCUGCGCUGUGUGGUGGCCGGCAUGAACCACCUGAGGGAGAACGGCAUCGUCCACCGCGACAUCAAGCCGGGGAACAUCAUGCGCCUCCUGGGGGAGGAGGGACAGAGCAUCUACAAGCUGACGGACUUCGGGGCUGCCCGGCAGCUGGAUGACGACGAGAAGUUCAUCUCAGUCUACGGGACAGAGGAGUACCUGCACCCUGACAUGUAUGAGCGGGCAGUGCUUCGCAAGCCCCAGCAGAAGGCAUUUGGGGUGACCGUGGAUCUCUGGAGCAUUGGGGUGACCCUGUACCAUGCAGCCACUGGCAGCCUGCCCUUCGUCCCCUUUGGUGGGCCACGGCGCAACAAGGAGAUCAUGUACCGGAUCACCACAGAGAAGCCGGCUGGGGCCAUUGCAGGCACUCAGAGGCAGGAGAAUGGGCCCCUGGAGUGGAGCUACACCCUCCCCAUCACCUGCCAGCUGUCGAUGGGGCUGCAGAGCCAGCUGGUGCCCGUCCUGGCCAACAUCCUGGAGGUGGAGCAGGCCAAGUGCUGGGGCUUUGACCAGUUCUUUGCGGAGACCAGUGACAUCCUGCAGCGAGUCAUCGUCCAUGUCUUCUCGCUGCCCCAGGCGGUCCUGCACCACGUGUACAUCCAUGCCCACAACACGAUAGCCAUCUUCCUGGACGCCGUAUACAAGCAGACCAAUGUGGCCCCCCAGAACCAGGAGUACCUAUAUGAGGGUCACCUCUGUGUCCUCGAGCCCAGCCUCUCGGCACAGCACAUCACCCACACAACAGCAAGAAGCCCCCUGACGCUGUUCAGCAUGGCCAUUGAGACCCCCAAAGGGCUGGCCUUCAGGGACCCUGCUCUGGACAUUCCCAAGUUCAUGCCCAAAGUGGACCAGCAGGCAGAUUACAACACAGCCAAGGGUAUCUUGGGUGCCGGCUACCAGGCCCUCCGGCUGGCACGGACCCUGCUGGCCGGGCAGGAGCUGAUGCUUCGGGGACUGCACUGGUUCCUGGAGAUACUCCAGGCUACCUGCAGGCGGACACUGGAGGUCAUGCGGAUGGCCCUCCUCUUCCUCAGCAGCAGCCUGGGCACCGAGAGGUUCAGCAGCACGGCUGGGAUGCCCGAGGUCCCCGAGCUGAAGAGGGCCGCAGAGCUGAGGUCCAAGCUGCGGACUUUGGCCGAGGUCCUCUCCAGAUUCUCCCACAACAUCUCAGAGAAGCAGGGGAGCCUGAGCAGCCUGAGCUCGGAGCUGGCGAAGAACCGGGAUCAGGUACAUGAGGACAGAAGCAUACAGCAGAUUCAGUGUUGCUUGGACAAGAUGUACCUCAUCUACAAACAGUUCAGGAAGUCCAGGAUGCGGCCAGGGCUUGGCUACAACGAGGAGCAGAUUCACAAACUGGAUAAGGUGAAUUUUAGUCAUUUAGCCAAAAGACUCCUGCGAGUGUUCCAGGAGGAGUGUGUGCAGAAGUACCAGACAUCUCUAGUCACACACGGCGAUCGCAUGAGGGUGGUGCACGAGGCCAGGAACCACCUGCGCCUGGUUGCUUGCUCCAUGGCUGCCUGCAGCACUGAAGCCCAGGGGGUCCAGGAGGGCCUCAGCAAGAUCCUCGACUGCCUGUCUUACCAGGUUCUUCAGGACAGAGCAAAGGGGGCUCAGGCCUCACCUGCCCCCACAGCUCCUUUUACCAGUCCCGAGCUAAAGGACCUGGGUCUCCACAUGGAGGAGCUCUGUGAGGAGAUGAAGCUGCUGGCCUUUGACCUCCAGGACAACAACCGCAUCAUUGAAGGGUUAAGCCGGGUACAGCCGGCUCCUGAUGUCUGAGCUCCAGUACUUGAGGCGGCUGAAGCAUUAAAUCAUUCAAACACUGCACUCCUGCCUGCACUGCGGGACCCAGCACAGGACUAUGCCUGGUCCCAUCAUAUCAGCCUACCUCCCUCCUGGCCCACAGCUGGGAGAUGUC